AUGGCUGAAGUUCAAUUAGGUCGUUACUUAUUCGAAAGAUUAAAGCAAGUCAAGUGUACUACCGUUUUCGGUUUACCAGGUGAUUUCAACUUGGUCCUAUUGGACAAGUUAUACGAAGUCGAAGGUAUGAGAUGGUCCGGUGACACUAACGAAUUAAACGCUGCUUACGCUGCUGAUGGUUACGCUAGAGUUAAGGGUAUGGCCGCUAUGAUCACCACUUUCGGUGUCGGUGAACUAUCUGCCUUAAACGGUAUUGCCGGUUCUUACUCCGAACACGUCGGUGUUUUACACAUUGUCGGUUGUCCAUCCACUCUACUACAAGCUAAGGGUCUAUUACUUCACCACACUCUAGCUGAUGGUGAUUUCGAUGUUUUCCACAGAAUGUCUGCUAACAUUUCUUGUACUACUUCCAUGAUCACUGACAUUGCUACUGCUCCAAGUGAAAUUGACAGAUGUAUCAGAGCUACUUACAUUAACCAAAGACCAGUUUACUUAGGUUUCCCAUCUGACUACUUUGAAAAGACUGUUCCAGCUUCUCUUCUACAAACUCCAAUUGAUCUAUCUUUGAAGCCAAACAACGCUGCUUCCGAAGAUGAAGUCAUUGCUGACAUUCUAUCUAUGGUCAAGGCUGCCAAGAACCCAAUCAUCAUCGCUGAUGCUUGUUCUUCCAGACACAACGUCAAGGCUGAAACUAAGAAGCUUGUUGAUGUCACCAACUUCCCAGCUUUCGCUACUCCUCUAGGUAAGGCCGUCAUUGACGAAACUCACCCAAGAUUCGGUGGUAUCUACGUUGGUUCUCUAUCUAGACCAGCUGUCAAGGAAGCCGUUGAAUCCGCUGAUUUGAUUCUAUCUGUCGGUGCUCUAUUGUCCGAUUACAACACUGCUUCUUUCACUUACGGUUACAACACCAAGAACAUUGUUGAAUUCCACUCUGACCACAUGAAGAUCAGAAACGCUACCUACCCAGGUGUCCAAAUGAAAUUCGUUCUACAAAAGCUUCUUUCUGUUAUCGGUGAAGCUGCUAAGGGUUACAAGACUGUUGCUAUCCCACCAAAGGCUCCAGCUAACGCUGAGGUUGCUGCUUCCACUCCAUUGAAGCAAGAAUGGUUAUGGAACGAAGUUUCUAACUUCUUCCAAGAAGGUGAUAUUAUCAUCACUGAAACUGGUACCUCUUCCUUCGGUAUUAACUCCUCUGUCUUCCCAGCCAACACUAUUGGUAUCUCUCAAGUCUUAUGGGGUUCCAUUGGUUACGCUGGUGGUGCCGUUGCCGGUGCUGCUUUCGCCGCUGAAGAAAUUGACCCAGCUAAGAGAGUCAUCUUAUUCAUCGGUGACGGUUCUCUACAAUUGACCGUCCAAGAAAUCUCCACUAUUGUUAGAUGGGGUCUAAAGCCAUACUUGUUCGUCUUGAACAACGAUGGUUACACCAUUGAAAGAUUGAUUCACGGUCCAAAGGCUCAAUACAACGAAAUUCAAAACUGGGAUAACUUGAAGUUGCUACCUCUAUUCGGUGCUAAGGACUACGAAACUCACAGAGUUGCUACCACUGGUGAAUGGAAGAAGUUGGUUGCUGACAAGGCUUUCAACGUUCCAUCCAAGAUCAGAAUGAUCGAAAUUAUGCUACCAGUCAUGGAUGGUCCACCAGCUUUGAUUGCUCAAGGUAAGCUAUCUGAAGAGAUGAACGCUGCUAUGUAA